AGCGAGUGGAGAGGAGCGGAGUGCGAGGAAACACUGACAGAUGAAGGCGCCGUCGCUGAUAAUCAUAACAUAUUCCUCGGUCUGACUGUUGUUACGUACCAUAUCACGCUCUGCUCCUUCCUUCCACCGGGAGAGCGCUGUCGCUGCGGGGUCUUUCAUUCGGAGGGCUUCUCUGUUUUUCCUCCGGGAGACUGAAUGGAAGCGGCAGCGGAGGGAGCGGUCGGGCUGUCGGAGGCCAAGGACGGGAGCCCGCUAUCCGGGGACGCAGCAUCCGAUGAUGGGGACACGGUCGUUGGAGUUAGCUACGGGAUGGACGCCGCAGACAUGGAUGCUGCAGCUAAGAAAGCCUUCAUCACAGAGAUGCCCUCAUCAUCAGGCCAGCCUGGUCAGGGAAAGAAGAUUGGCCACAGAGGGGUUGAUGCAUCAGGAGAAACUACUUACAAGAAGACCACAUCCUCCGCCUUGAAAGGUGCCAUCCAGCUGGGCAUUGGUUACACGGUGGGCAAUCUAAGCUCCAAGCCUGAGAGAGAUGUGCUGAUGCAGGACUUCUAUGUGGUGGAAAGCAUCUUUUUCCCCAGUGAAGGCAGCAACCUCACUCCAGCUCACCAUUUCCCAGACUUCCGCUUCAAGACAUAUGCUCCUGUGGCCUUCCGUUACUUCAGAGAACUUUUUGGUAUCAGGCCAGAUGACUACCUGUACUCCCUGUGUAACGAGCCCCUGAUUGAACUGUCUAAUCCUGGAGCAAGUGGUUCAGUCUUUUAUGUUACAAAGGACGACGAGUUCAUCAUCAAGACUGUGAUGCACAAGGAAGCUGAGUUCUUACAGAAACUGCUGCCUGGAUACUACAUGAACUUGAAUCAAAACCCUCGCACUUUGCUGCCCAAGUUUUUUGGCCUCUACUGUGUCCAGUCAGGCGGGAAAAACAUCCGCAUGGUGGUGAUGAAUAAUGUCCUUCCCCGCGUAGUACGCAUGCACCUCAAAUACGACAUGAAGGGCUCCACCUACAAGAGGCGUGCGUCAAAGAAAGAGAGGGAGAAGGCUCGGCCCACGUUCAAAGAUCUGGACUUCAUGCAAGACUUACAGGAUGGACUGAUGCUGGACCAGGACACAUAUAACGCACUUGUCAAAACGCUACAGAGAGACUGCCUGGUGUUGGAAAGCUUCAAGAUCAUGGACUAUAGCUUGCUGCUCGGUGUUCACAAUAUGGACCAGGCAGAGAGGGAGAGGCAGAUGGAGGGCUCACAGGGUGACAGUGAUGAGAAGAGGCCCGUGGCCCAGCAGAAGGCCCUCUACUCCACAGCCAUGGAGUCCAUUCAGGGCGGAGCAGCCUGCGGAGGGUCCAUCGACACUGACGACACGAUGGGUGGUAUCCCAGCAGUCAAUGGAAAGGGAGAGAGACUCCUUCUGUACAUUGGAAUCAUCGACAUCCUGCAGUCCUACAGGCUAAUCAAGAAACUGGAGCACACGUGGAAGGCUUUGGUUCAUGAUGGGGACACUGUGUCAGUCCACCGGCCCGGCUUCUAUGCGGAUAGGUUCCUUAAGUUCAUGAGCAACACAGUUUUCAGGAAGAGUUCCUCUCUGAAAUCCUCUCCUUCUAAGAAGGGCCGCGUGUCAUUGAUGGUGCCUAAGUGCGCUGGUCCUGGUGCAGCCUGGUCAGCGAGCCAGCUGCCCUGUGAGAGGGAUGAGAACAUCUACGACCUGAGAGGAGCUCGUAGCUUUCCAACACUGGAGGAUGAGGGGCGGCCAGAUCUUCUUCCAUGUACUCCUCCAUCAUUUGAGGAAGCCACCACAGCGUCAAUCGCCACCACGCUGUCUUCUACCACCUCUCUGUCCAUUCCUGAGAGAUCCCCAUCUGACACAUCAGAACACCCUCGCUACAGGCGGCACACCCAGUCUCUCAGCCAUGAUGUGAGGACCCAGGAGGAGCUGCGUGUGCGUGAGGAGGAUCAGCAGACCAUCACAGUGGAGGUGGAGUUAAAGAGACAUGACAGCGAGCCCACCAUCUCUGUUCCACAGCUUUCACCUGAAACCCGGUACAUAACAACAAAACUGUCUACAUAUACUAUAUAUUAACAGUAGAAUAACUCCUGCAAUUUACGGACCAGUAUGUCAUGUACUCAUUAAUACUACUUGUGAUAGUGAGUGAUAGGUGUACUUAAUGUUAGGGCUUCUUAAGUGUUUCUGACACACAUAGUCUGAAUUAUACUCCAUCACUCGACACUUUUAAAUGGAAAUGGAAGACGUGUUGGACACUUUCCUCACACACCUGUGGAAUUUCCUUGUGUCACAGACACAAUUUAUCAUCUUUUUUCACACAUUGUGUCUCAUUGUAGACGUUUUAUCUUCAGCUGUCAGACAAAACUGUUCUCUGGACCAGUAAAUUCAGAAUCUUUUUCUCCUCAGUUACAUCAUCAACAUCUAUUCAUUAUCAAAACAAAGGCAAAGCAGCACAGAUAUAGAUAACAAAUAAACAAACCUUGACAGAAGGAUAAACUAAACAGAUGUUAUAAGAGGUGGAUGGAACACCACUGGAGCAUAUAUGAAAAAUGGUUUGUCUUCUCAAAAGUGUUAAACAACAACGUAAAAACAACCCGGGUUUAUUUGUCAAAUUAAUUUUGACAUCUUUAUAGCCAUAGAGAAAUACAUUUUUGGGGGCAGCACUGUUGUAAAGGUGACUAGAGACUAUAGUCUGAGUUUUGUUUGCAAGACGCAAGAGUAAGUGCAGCAAAUAUUCCUGCUUCCAGUGCAGACAAUGACUUCCAGUGUUUUUAGGGUCUAGCUUUAUUGAAAGGGUCAACGGGAGGGGGUGCUUUUUAAAGUGUAGCCUGUCAUUACUUGAAUUUCCAGACUUUCAGACUCUAGCUUUAAUGUAGACCUGUUUUCAUGAGCGAAAUAUCUCCAGUACAGUGCAGUACUGUAGGAUCUGUCACAAAUAUAGUGUCAUUAGACCAGUAGUGGGCAGCACCUCCUGACAACACCAUUAGUGAGGUCUUAAAACUCCUAUUACAUAGUAGACUCCAGUGCUUUACUUGACAGUGUUGGCAUAGCACAAUGUGAACUGUCUGAUGGUUUGGAUAUGAAAUUACUCUUCUCCUACUGUACAUCUUCUCUUAAAGUUGAAUAUCUGCCAACAAACCAGAUGGAUCAAUCAGAUAAAAGUGAUAACAGCUUUACCAUUUUCACCGUAAACAGUGACUAGAAGAUGAGUCAGCUCUGACACACUGCCUGUAGUAUGUAUGUGACCCUGACAGAGAGUAGAUAAGCUGCUGAGCUCCAGUGAGUCGUCCAUGACCCCAAUCAUCAAUAUGACUCGUUUUGAUGUGACAAUAUUAAUAACCUGUCCUUGUCUCACCUGGAUACACACUCUCUCUCUUUCUCUCUCUCUCACUGUCACACACACAGCAGCUAGACCCAUUUGCUUAUUGGGGCUCAGGGAUCUCCUGCUCUAGACAGCUAAGUGCUGCAGGCACUAUGUGAAGCAGACACUGCCGUACAGUAAUGAGACUAUGAGAAAGUGCACAUCUGUAUUAAUUGGUGUCGAAUUGCUGUGUGUAUAGACAAGGGGCUAAAUGAGCCCUGACAUGGGGUAACCAGCCAUUACAAGUAGGGCAGUGGGACAGGAAGGCUGCAUGCACAGGCCAGCUCCCAUAAUUCCAGGAUGACCUGACAUGCUUAUGUUAACCUGGAUUUGGUUGUUUUAAGCUUUUUUGUUUUGGCGCUUACUUGAAAAUGAAUUGGAACAAGACAACAGCAGGAGAGAUGCAAACUCAAUAACCACAAGAUCAUGACUAAGUCCACAUGGAAUCUAUCG